AUGUCGAGUCGAAAAAGUGGUAAAGAUGGCAAAAGCGGUUCAAAAGGUGCGCGGUCGAAAGAGAAGCCAACAGAAACGAUUGAUAACAGUGAUGGUGCUAAUGUAGUGGUGGUGGUCACGGGCGACAAAGAGGAUGAAGAACAAGUUCCAGAACAGGACUGCACGUUCUGCCAGGAGUCGGAUAACGAUGAGAUGGUUCAGUGCGACAAGUGCGACCGCUGGAUUCAUUUCGCAUGUGUUGGUGUCACAGAAGAAAUCGCGGAUAAGAGUUGGAGUUGUCCCAAAUGUGUAACUACAACCGGGUUCCAGCUGUCUCCGUCUUCUGCUGCUAAACGCCUUCCGGCGGGGCUUCCAUGUCGCGCAGACCAACCAAAGACUGCCGCUUCAAAAGAGCAGCUCAUCCCCAGGAGAACUCUCGCAACUGGCAAGGGUGUACGGUGCAAUACGCUGUCGGAGCCGAUAGGAAAGACUUCUCCGACUCAUGGCGACCCUCACGGAGCCACAUCUCGUGCAAAAACAGUCAAGUCGGUAGCAUCAACGUCGUCUCGUAGAUCCCUACUCCAGCUACAGCUUCAACGGCUUGAGGAAGAACAAGAACACGAGAAGCAACAAGCUGAAAAAUACCGGUCCUACCUGGACAGGAAAUAUGAACUCUUGGAGCAGAUGCACAGCCAAACCGGAUCCGAUUGUAGUGCAUCACAAAGCCGAAUGCCCGGACUACAGAAGCCUUCGACCCACAGAGACACUCAACACAGAACUACUCCGAGCAAGCUCAAGUCGGUUCUACUCCUUCGUCGAAUCAGCAUCGCCGCAGUCAGGAUAGAGACGCAGAUCAUGGUGGGUGCUGCGGUCCUCGGUGAGAACGACCGUCUCGACCGUUAUCUACAGUUGGCAGCUCGUCAAGGGCUCUCAAAAGAUUUGUCCAAGUUUUCCGGUAAGUUCGAAGAGUGGCCGAUCUUCAUGUCGAUGUUUAAUAGCACGACCAACGUGUGCGGCUUUUCGAAUGAAGAAAACCUAAUUCGGCUUCAGAAAGCCUUAGAAGGAAAGGCGUACGAAACGGCCCAGAGUUUACUGAUGCACCCGUCAAACGUUCCGGCGAUCAUGCGAACAUUGAAAAUGAGAUUCGGACAACCCGAAGCCGUUGUUCACUCCCUGAUCCAAAAGGUGAAUGCCCUACCAUCUAUACGUGAGGAACGACUGGAGACGUUAGUGGAGUUUGCAGUGGACGUGCAAAAUUUCUGCGCCACCGUGGAUGCGUACGAACUCGAAGACUACAUGUAUAACGUCUCCCUUCUACAUCAGUUGGUGAGCAAGCUUCCAGCGACCUUAAAGCUAGACUGGGCUAGGCAUCGACAGAACCUUCAGCGGGUCAACUUGGCGACCUUUGGGAACUGGGUGUAUUCGUUAGCUGAGGCAGCUAGUACGGUUGUAAGCCCUGUCGAUGCAAACGAGUCGACGAAGCCGACACGCAGCGAAGGACGCGGAAAUUUCGGUGGGAAUAAGAAAUCGAACGCAUACGUAAACGCCCACGCUGAGACGGCAUCGGAAUUCAGCAAUCAUCAAAAGUUCGAAGAUUCUGAUGCAGACCCGAAGGAGAUGACCGGCGCGUCAGUCGGUAAGCAGUCGACUCACGUGGACGACAGCUGUGUGGUAUGCAAAGGAAGAUGUAAAAACGUUUCGAAGUGUCAACAGUUCAUGGAGUUGUCUCGCGAAUCCAGAUGGGCUUUGGUAAGAGAAUUCAGACUGUGUCGAAACUGUUUACGUCGGCACAAAGGAGGAUGUGACGCUAAACCAUGCGGAAAAAAUGGAUGCGCCUAUAAACAUCACCAGUUACUCCAUAAUGACCAGAAAGUCCAGCCAUCCUCUAGCCAAGAUGUGCAAAUGUCCACUGCAGCUCCAGCUCAGAUUCCUAGGUUACCGAAGUCCGCUGGGGAAGUACCAACACACGACUGCAAUAUUCAUCAAGCGAAACCUAAUGCAGUACUGUUCCGUUAUCUGCCCGUCGUACUCAGCGGGCCUCAAGGCUCUAUUAAAACUUAUGCGUUCCUGGAUGAAGGAUCCCAUUUGAGCCUAAUAGAUCAGGAACUAGCGGAACAACUCAAGCUCGAAGGCACUACGAUACCCUUAUGCCUCCGUUGGACGGGAGGAACACAGCGAUGCGAACGAGACUCGCAGUCUGUUACCCUCGAUAUAUCCGGCACGAGCAAAGCAGCCAAGAAUUUCCAGCUAUCCGGAGUAAGAACAGUUGAAGAACUCUUGCUUCCACACCAGACACUUAACGCAGAAGAAUUAGGACAACAAUAUCCACAUCUCAAGGGACUCUCCAUAGAUUCCUACUACGAUGCUCGACCAAGAAUUCUUAUCGGAAUGAAGCACGUGCAAGUCAGCCUAGUAUUGAAAAGCAGAGAGGGAAACUAUGGUGAACCAGUAGCCGUAAAAACACGGCUGGGGUGGACAGUAUGCGGUGGAGGAGACAUGGAAGCAGGCAACGUAAGCAAUCUGGUUCACUAUACCUUCCACGUGUGUUCGUGUGAGCAGACGCAAGACGACGAGUUGCAUCAGGCGGUGAAAAAACAUUUUGCCUUGGAUAGUCUUGGUGUGACAAAACCAGAAAAGCUUCUUCUCUCUGCUGACGAUCAACGUGCGCAGGACCUCUUGAAGAAAUUAACUACUCACGACGGCGAAAGAUACACAACUGGGUUACUGUGGCGGCACGAUAACGUUCGCCUACCUGAAAGUUACGCUAUGGCACUGCGAAGACAUCAAUGCUUACAAAAGCGCCUCGCCAAAGAUCCGGAAUUAGCUGAAACGUUACAACAAAUGAUGGCGGACUACGUGUCAAAGGGAUACGUGCGGCAGAUCUCGGAGGAAGAACUCAGCCUCAAGUUUUCAAGAGUGUGGUACCUUCCUGUAUUUCCCGUUGUAAACCAUAAUAAGCCAGGAAAGGUGCGACUGGUUUGGGACUGUGCCACAUGCUCCUUCGGUGUUUCGCUGAAUUCCACCCUUCUAAAGGGUCCCGAUCAGCUUUGUUCGCUGCUGUCUAUCUUACUGCAAUUCAGGGAAAACAGAGUGGGGCUGACCGGUGACAUACGGGAAAUGUUCCACCAGAUACGCAUCCGAGACGAGGAUCAACAGUGUCAACGGUUCUUGUGGUGGAACGAUGAAGGAGAAGUUGUGAUCUACGUUAUGCAGGUUAUGACCUUUGGUGCCUGUUGCUCCCCCAGCUGCGCACAAUAUGCAAAAAACGUCAACGCCGAACGUCAUGCAGGAGAGUACCCGGACGCAGCCGAAGUAAUCCAGAAAAAGCACUAUGUGGAUGACAUGCUUGUCAGUCUGGAAACUGAGGAAGAGGCGGUGCGAAUAGCAAGAGAGGUGAAGUACGUUCAUCAGCAGGGCGGAUUUGAAAUCCGGAAUUGGAUUAGCAAUUCACCAGCAGUACUAAGAGCUCUAAACAAAAAAAAAGAGGACUUGCUGAAUGAGAAAGAUCUGGACUUGUCACCAGAAGUAAGCACCGAGAAAGUCUUGGGUAUGUGGUGGUGUAUCGCUUCAGAUUCAUUUACGUACAAGGUCGGAUGGAAGCGCUACGAUAGUGAUCUUCUGGAAGGCCGUAGACGCCCUACAAAACGAGAGGUUCUACGGGUGCUGAUGUCCAUAUUCGACCCCCUUGGGUUGAUCAGCCACUUUCUCAUGUUCCUGAAGGUUCUAUUGCAAGAAGUGUGGCGCUCCGGUGUGCAGUGGGAUGAGGAGAUAACUGACGACGCAUUUUCAAAGUGGCAACAGUGGCUCAAGUUAUUACCUGAAGUAGAGCAAGUUCGAAUCCCCAGGUGUUAUAGAUCACAAUCCCAAAGCCCCGAGGAAGAAGCUGAACUCCAUAUAUUCGCCGAUGCCAGUGAAUGUGGGAUGGCCGCCGUCGCCUUCUUACGCUUCGUCAAGAACGGAACCGUCGAAUGCAGAAUCGUUGCCGCGAAGACGCGAGUUGCGCCACUAAAGUUUGUGUCCAUACCCCGACUAGAACUUCAGGCUGCAGUGAUUGGCGCUAGACUGGCUAACACGAUCGCAGACUCCCUGACCGUAAACAUAUCCAGAAAGUAUUAUUGGACCGACUCCCGUGACGUACUGUGCUGGUUGCACUCUGACCACCGGCGAUACACCCAAUUUGUAGCGUUCCGUGUCAGCGAAAUUCUAGAGACUACCGAAGCAAACCAAUGGUACUGGGUGCCGUCCAAGAUGAACGUUGCAGACGACGGUACCAAAUGGACUUCGCGACCCGAUCUCACAGCAGUUAGCAGAUGGUUCGUUGGACCAGACUUCCUACAGCGACCUGAAACAAAUUGGCCACAGCAGCCGAAGAAGAGUAGAUCCACAGAGGAAGAACUUCGUCCUAGACUGAUUGCGAAUCAUACUGUCUGCGAACCCGUCAUAAAUCCAUGCAACUUCACCAGCUGGAAGCGUAUGCUCAACAUCACUUCGUACGUCCUGCGGUUCACGGCCAAUUGUCGUCGAAAACUUCGUAGAGAAUCGACCACCACCGGACAACUAACGACACCCGAACUGGUUUCCGCUGAAGCCUACCUUCUACGUACUGCUCAACGUGAGGGCUACCCAGACGAGGUCACCAUCUUGGAGAAAUCAAGGACCAUACCAAAGCAAAGUAGCCUGUACCAGUUAACUCCGUGGAUAGACAGCAAAGGACUUAUGCGAAUGCGUACAAGAAUUGCCGCCUGUCAUUACGCAACAGAAGACGCCAAGAAACCAAUUAUUCUACCUCGGGAUCACCCCACUACCAACAUGAUAAUUAUGCACUAUCAUUGCCAAUUCCACCAUCAGAACCAUGAGACAGUGGUCAAUGAACUUCGGCAGAGGUUCAACAUUCCACACAUUCGUGUCGCUUAUGCUAAGCGCGGGUUGCAGCAUACUCGCGACCCUUCACACACACAGGAAUCGACUUUUUCGGACCUUAUGAAGUUGCUGUUGGAAGGCGCACUGAAAAACGAUGGGGAAUGCUCGCAACCUGCUUGA